AUGCGCAUCAUCACUGCGGGUUGUUCCCUCGUUUUGCUUGCCCUUGGGCCUACAGCCAUUGCGGCGUGUUCAGGAAACGCCAAAAUCCCCCCAUUGGAGCCCAUUGAUGUCGUCGAACUACCCUUACUACCGGUGGUAGCUACAGACGAGCCGGGCGCCUGCACACGGACAGUAAACCCUCAUGGCACCGGUUGUAUGGGUCGCAACUCGGAGCUGAACGGCGGCAGCUUCACCCCGGACAGCAACUAUGUCCUGGCCAGCGUCAAUUUCACCGGCGCCCCAAACGCCCCGGAUCCAGCCAGUAUCUAUACCGGCGUGCAGCUGAUCAUGGUCAGCACUAACGGGUCUGUCUUCUCGACUGGCGAUCCCUGGAAGUGUCUCACCUGUGGUGUCCCUGACACCCAUAAAGUCGGGACUACCACCCUGGAUGUGUAUCCUCAGACUUUCACGGACGGGCGCCGCGCGCUGGUUGGGAAUAAUAUUGUGGAAUGUCGAAGUGGGCUGUUGUCUAGUGAUCAAUGUACCUCCAACAACACCUAUAUAUAUCCUAUCCGAUUGAGCAACACCGCUGAUGACUCCGGAGAGGGAGGCACGAUUCGUGAACUGCGUUUGCAUCCCGAUAGUGUGCAUCUUGGUUUCAAUUCCUAUGGUGUAAGCUCGGCUGGACAGCUGUCUGAAUAUGCGUACUUUGGACGUCUCCGGUUCAAUCCGGCCCCCGCCACGGGGUCCCCGCUCAGUGCGCGAUAUGAUCUGGUCAAUGUGACGAUUCUCACGCCGGCUAAUGGAAAGACGCUGUAUCAGACCAAAGGUGACCAACUCCUUCUCGACCGGGAGGCUAUUACCAUGGGAGAGUUCCGGGGCUUCACGGGCCGUGGGGAGGAGAUUCUCUAUCUGGGUGCCCCUUGGGAAUCCUGCAACGUUGAUCUGUUUGCUGCCCAUCUGACAACGGGCCGUGUCCGGCGUGUCACCACCCAUCCGGAAUACGUUGAUCCGGUGGGGGUUUCGGCGGAUGGUCGCUGGCAGGUUAUUCUUGACACGCGGGGCAGUGGCCGGAUGAUGUUUCUCUCUGCCAUGCGUGGGGUGCCCCCGGUGGUGGACUUGCUGACCGUAACCACCGUGUCGUCCGUUCGCAACAACGGGGAUCGGCGGUUCUUCCAGCCCUGGCUGCUGGACGCGCAGGGUGACAACGACCUCUAUCACUACUACGGCCAGCAGAUCAACGCGGCGGGUGAUGGCAGCCCGGGCAGUAUCAAUGAUCCCAACUGGAACGCCGGCGCGGAUCCCCGAUGGUCGCCUGAUGGCACCCGCAUCAUGUACUGGCAGAAGAUGCCCUACCAGCUGCCUCCCGUUGCACCUGUCCCGGACGAGGUGCCCUGGGGCGUACCCUAUGUCUCGGGGGGCGUCGCGCCCACCAUGGCCGUGCCCCCUGAGGGCAAUUUCACCUUGUACGGCCAGAUCUCCGGGUCUGCCCAGGUGGUCAUCCGCAAGGACCCGGUAACAUCCGCCAUCAACUUCGUGGCGGUGCGCUACUCGAACUUCUCCGAUGAUGGCAUGCAUUUCAUUCACGGAUCCGAGUCCGUCCAGUCAACGCCCCAGUCGACCACCAUGGCUCGACUGAACUGGUACUCCAAUCUCACGGCCACCGGCCUGACGUUUAGUACCAAGACCACCGGACCCGGUGGGUUCCAGGUCGAAGACGACGCCAUGUUGAAUAUCUUCCGCGCCAACGGGACACUGACUACCACGGUCGAUGGGGUGGUCUAUGAGCAGCCCCUCAAUUAUUCUUGA